AGCAGGGAGCCUCCGCGCCGGCAGGGGGCGGCCUAGCGAGGGCGGGUUGCGCCGCCGUGCCCUGCGGAAGCGGCUGAGCGUCAUGGCGGUGCUGCUGGAGACCACCGUGGGGGAUCUGGUCAUCGACCUGUACACGGAGGAGCGGCCCCGCGCUUGUCUGAAUUUUCUGAAGCUCUGCAAAGUCAAGUACUACAACUAUUGUCUUAUUCAUAAUGUUCAGAGGGAUUUUAUUAUACAAACUGGAGACCCCAUGGGAACUGGCCGUGGAGGGGAAUCCAUAUUUUGCCAACUGUAUGGUGAUCAAGCUAGAUUUUUUGAGGCGGAGAAAGUGCCGAGAAUCAAGCACAAAAAGAAGGGAACUGUGUCAAUGGUGAACAAUGGCAGUGAUCAGCAUGGAUCACAGUUUCUUAUUACUACAGGGGAAAACCUGGAUUACCUCGAUGGUGUGCAUACAGUGUUUGGAGAAGUGACAGAGGGCAUGGAUGUAUUGAAGACAAUUAAUGAAACCUUUGUAGAUAAGGAUUUUAUCCCAUAUCAAGAUAUCAGGAUAAACCAUACAGUAAUUUUAGAUGAUCCAUUUGAAGAUCCGCCUGGCUUGUCUGUUCCUGAUCGCUCACCAGAACCUACUAAAGAACAGCUGGAUAGUGGCAGAAUAGGAGCAGAUGAAGAAAUUGAUGACAUGAAAGGACGGUCUGCAGAUGAAAUAGAAGAAUUUCAGGCCGAAAAAGAAGCAAAAACUCGUGCCAUUCUUCUGGAAAUGGUAGGAGACUUACCAGAUGCAGAGAUCAAGCCACCAGAAAAUGUGCUGUUUGUUUGUAAACUGAAUCCUGUGACCACAGAUGAAGACUUAGAGAUAAUAUUUUCACGAUUUGGUCCCAUUAAAAGCUGUGAAGUAAUUAGAGACUGGAAAACUGGCGAAUCUCUCUGUUACGCUUUCAUUGAGUUUGAAAAGGAGGAAGACUGUGAGAAAGCCUACUUCAAAAUGGACAAUGUGCUGAUAGAUGACAGACGAAUACAUGUGGAUUUUAGCCAGUCUGUUGCAAAGAUUAAGUGGAAGGGAAAAGGUGGGCAGUAUACCAAGGAUGAUUUCAGAGAGUAUGAAAAGGAAUGUGAGAAACCUUCAAAACCUUCAAACCUUGCUCUGAAAGAGAAGGUAAAACCAAAGCAGGAUGCCAAGUAUGACCUUGUGCUGGAUGAGGAUAUAGAAGAGUCUCAAACAAGUCAGUCGCACUCAGCUAAAAAACAAAAAAAGAAAAGGCACCACUACUCUGAAGAUGAAGAGGAGGACAGGAGGACCAAAAAAUCUAAGGAUUCUGAGCGAAAGCAUGAAGGAGAACGCUGUAGAGAGAAGAUGAGGAGCGAGAGGAAAGACAGGCAUCGGAGUCGCAGCCGAUCUCAAGAGAGAGACUAUUCUUACAGUAAACAAAAAGACAAAUACAGAGAGGACUUCCGAGUAAGAGACUGGGACAAAAAAGCAGACAAACCCAGAAGUCCUAAGAAAUCAAAAGAGAGGUCCAAGUACAGAUGAAGGAUAAGGAAAAGAGAGAGGGAACUAAAAUGUGCUUCUUUCCAGCAUUUCCAAUAUUCUCUUAAAUGGAUGUGCACUUACUGGAUAAAAGCAGUUGCCUUCUGUUGGCAGCUUGGCCUUACAGUUCUGUGUCGGAGUAAGCCUUGAUGCCAAAAAGGUGGUUUCAAUAAAGUAUUUCAUGUUAGUGGAAUGGUUUGAGUCUCCAAUAAAGAAUGUUGUCUAAAGCCAUUGGGAAACAUAACCAUGCACUAAUGAGUGAAUUAUCUUUCUCCACUGUGGAGAGAUGUGCAGGACAUACCUUCUUUCUACAAGGAAGUUGUAUUUACCUUUCAGCAGUUUCAGAUGCUAUGGUAGUGAGUGUGAUAGAAGACCUGAGGAGACAGAAAUGUGCUGUGCACCCUCCUUCCAAAAGGUGGGCAGGUACCAUUUGUACUCAGCACUCUUUAUUUCCUUCCUUUAGAAGUAUGUGCUUCUGGAUGGUUUAGUCCCAUCAGCAAUGUUUGCUGAUACCACUGUGUAGCAGUGGUUAAAGGCACUGAAGUACUGCCGUGCUGAUUGCCGGGGCCAUGGAAUUGCUGCACCAUGCUAAGGCAAUUGCACUUACUUGAUCACAUAUUUGUAGGUCACUUGGCUGUAUGGCAUUGCUGGAGGAUGCCUCUUAGAACUGAGGUUCACUUGAUACUUGUCCAUCUGUAGUCACUGUUAAAGAUCUGGACUCUGCAAUGUCAGGGGGAUCCAGCUGCUAUGAUGUCAGGCAGGUUAGGGGGAGAAAGGUAAGAAAGAAAAUAGUCAUUAGCAGAGUUAGCAGAAAAGCAGAAUGUGUAACUUGGAUUGUAUUUGCCAAACCUAGAUGGGAUUAAUUUUCAAGUUUUGUGGCAGAAGUAAGUCAGUUAAUAACUCUUAAUCUACAGAGGAACACGAUGUUAUCAGAGCUUGGGUCUUAGUGAAAGUUGGCAGAGUCUUAAAUGUCUGAUUUUUCUCCCCACCAUUUAAACAGUGUAUACACACAGUUUAAGAAAAUGCAUGUCCUCCUUUUCAUCUCCAGAAGAGGAGAGAUUUGUAUUGUUAGGAGGGGAGGGGACAUGUCAGGAAUAGUAGUUGUCUUUCCUUCCCACCCAUGAAAUGUGUGAUGGCUCAGAGGCAGCCUGCUUGGAUGAAUAAAUUUAACUUUUUCCUUUUGU